UCGCGUUUCCCUCCUGCCUUGCCUCCGAUAUCGUAACGGUCCAUCCAAGUGCUUCCGCAGUCCGUCCAGCCGAGCGAGCGAAAAACAAAAGCGUCGCGACAUUUGCAACACAGCGAUAUCAAGACCGAGGGACCACCCCAAUGAAGCCGACACACUUCCUCGGCGCCUUCCUCCUCCUCGCGAGCGAGACGGCGCCGGCACGCGCAGCCGACUGCGCCAGCGUCGCGCUCGGAGCCAUCCCGUCCUGCGCCCAGUCGUGCUUUCUCGAGGGCGCGCCGUCCGUGGGGUGCGACGGCACCGACUUCGCCUGCCAGUGUGAGCAUGAGGCGAAGCUCUACGCCGCCAUCGAGGGCUGCGUCAGUUCGGGAUGCCCGUCGGCGUCGUACCAGGCCGUCAUCGACGGCGCAUCGUCUGUGUGCGAUUGCGCGACAGCAGGACAACCGGGAGGCGGAGGCGGAUCGAUGACCGUCUCCGGCUCGUAUGUGGGAUCUGUGCCAGCGACCACCACGGCGAGCGGCAUCGGCGGCGGCGGUGGGGGAUCCGACGCGACGACGUCACCGCAGCCCGGGACCGGAAGCACGACGUUCGCCAACACGCUCCCUACGACGGCUCCGGUUCCCGGCGCAACUGUUUCUGUCGUCUCGGGGGGCAUCCGUCUGGGGAGACCCGGCUUCUCCAUAGCCGCGGGCUCUGCGAUGGCAGCCCUGAUCGCCUUCGUCUCGUUUUAAAUCCCAUUGGCACUUCUUAUUUGGGGGGCCAACUGGUAUAUAAUUAGAGGGAAAGGGGUAAAUUGGAAUAUUGGAUGAGCAGCAGCUUCACCUACACACAUAAAGUAAUAUAGAGUCUAAAACUCACUCACUGAUAUUCAUCCAGUCCAUCUGUCUCGCCCCCUGAUCGGACCCGGGAGUUGGACUUCAUCUUGAUUCAUCUAAAAACGCAUGGCUUUCGGGGCUCCAUAUGGGUGAACC